CGCACGACUAAACUUGCUAGGUAAACACAAUGAAAGCUGACCUGAACCCACCGAAGCCCAUCCGCGGGUGGCUCACCCGUGACUGUUCUGCCGCGCCGCGACCCAACCCGUGGAAGGUCGUCUUUGCGCGUGAAGAACUCGGCCUCAACUACGAGGUCAAAUCCUUCCGCUUCGACGACGUCAAGAACAAGCUCUUCACCGACAUCAACCCUAACGGGCGCGUGCCCGCCAUCGAGGACCCCAACACAGGCCUGACGCUGUGGGAGUCAGGCGCCAUCUACCAGUACAUCGUCGACGUCUACCAGUACAUCGUCGACGUCUACGACACCGACAAGCGCCUCACACACGCCGCCCUCAACGACCGCCACCUGUGCAACCAGUGGCUACACUUCCAGACGAGCGGCCAGGGCCCCCACUUCGGCCAGGCCGGCUGGUUCCGCCACCUGCACCCGAUCCAGGUCCCGCCGGCCAUUGAGCGCUACGCCAAAGAGGUCCGGCGCGUGCUGGCGUCCUGGACGGCCUGGCUGAUCGGCGGCAAGAUGACGUUUGCCGACAUGGCCUUUGUGCCGUGGAAUUUUCGCCUGAGCGAGGUGCUGAUGCAGUCGUGGGACGAGGUCUGGGCAGGCCUGCCGCAUGUGCGGGCGUGGCACGAGCGCAUGAGACGUGCGGUGUUGAUGGACGAGCAGGGCCUGCAGUGGAAUGGUGUGCCCAAGGAGAUUGAGACGUUUACUGAGUACGAGGAGAAGAUUGCUCGAGGCGAGAAGACCACGGCCGAGUAG